CACUUACAGGUAUCAGGCGAAACUCGAAAAACUAUGAUUACAAUGUUACUGAUGGAUAUUACCGCAACCUGAAACCUCCUUGGGGACUUGCUGCUCCCAUACUGCGCCUUGACUGAAGUGGAAGAGGCAUGGCCUACUUACAGCUUACACAUGAUGACCCAAAAUGUGGCAAUAUUGCUCUUAUUUUUGCUUACGCUCAGCUGCCGAUGGUUGCUUGCACAAUCGGAUACCACGAAGCAGGACAGCGUUGCCAUUUGCGUAUUAACAGCAAUAAACUCGAAUAACAGCUGCGGACGGGAAAGUGUGUCGACGUACAAAGGCACAGGAGCCGAUCGUAUCGCCUAUUGUGCAGCGCAAGAAAGCCAUGCGGUCAAUGUGACGACGUUGUCCCUGUCGCUUUUUGACAACUGUGUCCCCGUCGCCUCUGGCAACCAGUCAUGUUGCCCCCUUGCCAGCUACGCCGCCCAAUAUGCCCUGGAAGCCGGGCUUUCUAACCCCGAGGUAUCGCACACCGCCCUAGACGAAUGGGAGCAGCGGCUAAGCACUACGGGCGGCGGUGCGGGAUUACCCCAGGCGGCGGCCUGGGCUGUAAGUCCUCCGCAGCUCGCCUUCCUGGCCUCCCAGGCAGCCUCCACGGUAGAUCUGGCGCUGCCCGCAGCCGGCGAUUCGCGCCUAAGUUGGGCGGAUCUGGAUGCGGGGUUGCGAAGUACGGCUGUCUUCAGCGGCCGCGUUAUCGGGGUGCCGUACGACAUAGACCCCCCGCUGCUGUUCUACCGCAGGGAUGCGCUGCGAGCUGUCGGGCGGGCAGUGCCGCAAACAUGGAGCGAGCUGCUCGCAACUGCCCGGGAGCUCAACACCUCCCAGGUGUCAUGCAGCAGCAGUGGCGGUAGCACGAGCAGCAGCAGCAGCGGUGGCGGUAGCACGAGCAGCAGCAGCAGCGGUGGCGGUAGCACGAGCAGCAGCAGCAGCAGCGGCGGUAGCACGAGCAGCAGCAGCAGCAGCGGCGGCAGCCUGGCCUCAACCGGGAAUGGGAGUAGUAGCAGUAGUAGUACUGCUGCGGAUCCGUCCCUGGGCUGCUACGGCCGGGGCUUCUGUCUGCUGCUGCCCCCCGGCUGCUCGAACGACGGGGCGCUCCUGGCGGCUGUCUGGGCCUCCAUGACAGCGCUGGCGGGUCCUCGAGCUGGGCUGUACUUUGAGCCCAGGAGCAUGGCACCGCGGUUUGACGGACCGGCCAUGCAGGAGGCCGUACGGCUGUACAGGGAGCUAUCGCAGCUGGGCUCCCCCGCUGGGCCCUGCAGUCGCCUGGACUUUGCCACUGCCCGGAGCACCUGUGCCAUGGGCAUCGCGGGCAGCUCGGUGGUUCGGUUGCUGGGCUUGCCGGCCCUGGACCCAAGCAGCAGCAGUGGCAGUGGCAGCAGCAGCGGCAGCGCUGUGUGGGGCGCCACCGGAACGGUGCUCCUGCCCGGCAGCACUGUGGUGGAGGAUCCGGUGAGCCGGCAGAUGCGGAACUGCACUCUGGAGCUGUGUCCCUUUGCGGAGCUCCUCCUCGACAACAGCGACGGAGGCAGCAGCACUCCUGACAGCAGCAGCAGCAGCGACGGGGCCGAGGCCGGGAACAGCACCCUGCAGCAACAGCAACAGCUCUGGGUGAAUCGUGCACCGCAUCCCGGCCGGGGUCCCUUCUACCUGGCCCUCAAUCCUGCCUCCAACGCGGCAACCCUGCUAGCAGCCUGGAGGGCGGUGACUUGGGUCGUGUCACCCCAGGCGGCAUGGGACCGCGUGAGCGACCCAUGGGUCUCCGCAUCGCCGGUGCGUUACCAGCACUUGGCGGCCGCCGCGGUUCCGGCUUGGGUGGCCGCCGGCUGGCACCCGGGGGACGUGGCGGAGUACCUGGGGGUGCUGCGGGCCGUGUUGGCACACCGCAAUGCGGUGCCGGCAGCCGGUUUCCUGGGCGGAGAGCUGCUGGUUGAGUUGUUUGGUGCGGCAGCGGCGGAGGCGGCGGCGCAGGAUGGGCCGGAUCCCGCGGUCGUGGUGCAGGCGUUGAAAGCGAACGCCACAGCGGCCUUCAAGCAGAAGUACGGCGGCUUCAUCGCGAUCCGUCAAAGCUACCUGAACAGCAUUGGUGCGGUGCUGGGCAGUGGGGAGCUGCUUCUGAACACCACAAGCACGUCCGGGAAGCCCCGGGUUCAAGUCAGCGUAGGCAUAGCCGCGGGCGUUGUGGCGGCGCUUGCAACGCUCUCCGCGCUGCUUGCCCUGGCCUCCGCCUCCACCAAGGGGAAGGUACUGCUGUUGCGCGGUGUUCGGCGCCGCCGCAGCGGGGCCGCGCAGAUGCCUGGGUACGGGCCGCAGACCACCCUGGUCGUGACGGACAUCCAGGACAGUACGGUGCUGUGGGAGACGGUUCCGGAGGCGGUUAUGGAUCUGUCACUGGAUCUUCACAACCACUGUGUACGGCAGCUUGUACGGCGCUACCGGGGGUAUGAGACUCACACGGAGGGUGACUCCUUCACGCUGGCGUUCUUCUCCGCUGCGGAUGCCACCAGCUUUGCCCUGGAGCUGCAGACUGCCCUCAUGGACCUAGACUGGCCCACUCAGCUGCUGGAGCACCCCUCAGCCGCGGAGGUCUUCCUGACCACCAAGGCAGCAGCCGCGGCCGCCGCAGCCGCCUCCUCCGCCUCCGCGCAGGCCAUGACCCACGGGUCACACCCCAUCUCCGAAGUCAGCCCACGCACCACGCCGCCCAGCCAGAACCUCACCGCCCUCAGCCUUGCCACGGCAGCAGGCGACGCGGCUUCUGCUGGGUACGGUGCAGGGCUGGGCUCGGUGCUUGCGGGAUCUGAAACUCAGAGCUUUCUGCGGCGACCGUCGUCCUGGCAUACGGCGCAGCAGCCGCCGAGGCGGGCUGGGAGCUAUGCGUUGCUGACGCACAUUACGGGCGGUGGCGGGAUGCAGGCGGACAGGUCGCAUCAUGGUGCCGUACAGAAGCUGUCGUUAGCGGAGCCAACCGCGGCGGCGGGUGGCAUGGCGGUGCCGUUGUCGUGUCAGCAGCAGCAGCAGCAGCCGGUCGCGGUGCAGCCAGGCGAGCUGGUUGGAGGGCUGAGGAAGCGCGGCGUGCAGAGCCUUGGGGAAGCAGCCUUUGCGAGGAUGCUAGCGACGUCAGGCGGGGGCCGCAGCAGCGGCGGUGCUGCUGCUGCCGAGGCGGCGGGUGCGGCUAGCCCUAGCAGUGGCAACGUUAGCGGCUGCGAGGGAAAGGGCAGCGUCGCCGUGGCCUCAGGCACAACAGCAGAACCGCAGAAGCCUAGCAACAGCUUACGGGCCAAUCAGGGUCAAGGAGGCGACAGCGGUGGCGGUGGCGGCACGGGUCAUGGUCGCAAGACCGGGGCGCACCUCGCUUUGGUCAACGUUGCGCAUCGCACCAUGUCAAGUCACAGCGCUACCAGCGGCGGCAGCCCUCGUAACACGGAAUCCAGGGCUAACGACGGCGCUGGGAUCUCCUUUCAUCGCUCUGCAUCCAUGUCCCCGGCGAACGCCAUCCACCCGGCCGUGAUAGGUCGGCGUCCCUCCAUGCCCGCCAUGCCGAGGCUCCGAAACGCCCCCAGCUCAAACCGCCAUGCCGCCUCCGCAUCACCCAUAACGCAGCAACAAAACACGCCCCAGCUGUCGCCGUCUCCGCAGCGUCAGCCGGGCCCGGCGUUGACCAUUGGCGGCUCCUACCGCCGUCGGUCCACACUGGGCAUUACCUCCGCCGCCGCCGCCGCCAACCCGAGCGGCGUUGCUGGCGCCGGCGGCAUGCUGACGUCGCCGCCAGCCGCCCCCGACUGGCUCCUGACAGGUACCGGCGGUGUGGGUGAGAUGCUUCUGCCCAGAGGCAACAGCGUCAUUGCCGUACCCUCACGCAGCGUCAGUCGCUUCGCGCUCGCAGCCAACGGCGGCAACACCAGCUCCCCGGUUCGAACCUGGGCCUCCGCACAGCCCCAGAUGUCGCCGCCGCUGACAUUCGACGCCGACGCACAUGGCAUCCCCAACGGCCGCGCCUCCGUUUCCGUUACUGCGAACGGCAUGGGCACAGUCGUUGAGCCGCGCAGCGCCUCCGUCGGUCGCGACAGUCGCCAUCCGUUGCGUCGCGGCUGCAGUCGCUCUUUCGACGGCCACAUGAUGCUUGCGGCGGUGACAGCUGCGGCGGCGGCGACGCCGGCUCGCGACGACCGAGACGCCACUCGUGGCGGGAGUUUCACCUCGGCCGCCGGGAGCUUUGUGAGUGUGAUGGCCAAGGCAGCGGUACGGCUGGGACAUGGUGGUACAGAUGCGGAUUCUGAUUGCCACUCGAUCCAUGGAGGUCGUGCAGCGGCGGCGCUCAUAUCCCAGAGUCCAAACAUCACCGUUAGCGGCGAGUUUCCGAUCGUGGUGGGAGGGCUGGAUAGCGGUGCGGAUACGGAGGAGGAAAGCCUGGACUGCGACAACGAGACGGACGGGCAAGAUGAGGGGUCGGAGGGUCCGGAGGGUGUUGUACGGCAUGCGGACAGGACGCAGGAGGAAGCGGGAGGAGACGAGGGCAGCAAGCGCGAUGAUGAUGGCAAUGGUGGAAGCGCAAGGACGCACGAGCAGCAGCAGCGACAGCGACAACCCGACGCGCCCUCCACCUCAUCUUCCAUGACGGCGACGGCGGUGGACAUGCAUAACGCGCACGGCAGCAGCAUCAGCCUGGCCUUCCGUGCCGUGUCUUCGCGCGCCUUGCUGCGCCGUUCUCGCAUCCACAGCACCGAGGCAGUGCCGCAAGUAUUGCGAAUGGGCACAGCUGCAGCUUCGGAGCUCGGCGCGGUGCCGCAUGAGGUCGCCCACAGUGCGGCCUCCUCCCCGGCAGCUCAUGGCAGCGUCGGAAGCGGUUUCGGAGGCGGCGGCGGCACUGCCAGCGGGAGCAUCGCGGCGACGUUCGUCGGCAAUGUGCUUUCCGCUGGUCAUGCGCCGUCGGCGGUAGGUGUAGCGGAGGCGGGCGUUAGUGACGGUGGUAUGCUGGACCUAGCGGCUGGGCUGACGUCCAGGGCGGGUGAGGGGGCAGGCCUGCGGGGUGCGGCCGCUGCGGCGGUCCGGAUUGCCGGCGGGAGCUUCACACAUGCGCCACGCAUUGGUUGCGAUCCUCUUGGAUCGCCUUUCAACAGCGGUGACGCCGCUGCUGGUGUCGUUUGGCAGGCAGGCAUUACACCACCACCUCCUCACAUGGCAUUCCAGCAGCAACAACAGCAUCACCAUCAGCAGCAGGAGCAGCGACGGGGCGAGGAAGACGAGCAGGAGGAGGCGGCUCCCACACUGCCGCUGCCACUGCCGUCCCUGCCGGCAGCUGUCAUGAUGCUGUCCCCAGCGCAGCGAGCGAUGAUCAGCGUCGCUAGCGGCCGCGGAGCGCUGCUGCGCUCCAGUCUGGGCCAUCCGGUUACCUCCAAGACGACGACAACGAUGACGGCGUUGACUAGUGCUGCUGCUGCUGCGGCGGCGGCGGGGGCGACUGCUGCUACCACAGAGGAUGCAGUGGAUGCGGGUGUUGUUGCAUCGGCCUCGUCUCGGAGCCUGGCAGGCGGGCCGCACCCCGGAGGUACCUCCUCCCGCAUGCUAGCGCACCAGCCCAGCGGCAGUGCGCACGGCGGGGAGUACUUCAACAGACAGCCCAGCGGCGGCAUGGGAGCUGUGACGGAGGCUGGCGGCGGUGGUGGUGGUGGCAGUGCCUCCCUUAGCGGAGCUCUCCGGAGUUUUUCACGCCGCUUAUCCGGCUCCCUGAACAGUGCGCGUUUGGUGUUGAUGGGCGGUGGUGCGGCUGCCGCUAGCGGCGGCGGCGGCAACAGCGGCCAUGCGCGCAUCCCCAUUGUCACGUGCGCGGGGUCUCAGGUGCAUGGGAGCGACUUCCCGGACAUCUGCGAGGACGAGGAGGGCGAGGGCGGUGUGGGUGGUGUGGGCAGCGGCAGCAACACGGUGUUUGCGUGUCGGGGUUCUCAUGGUGGCGGCCAUGCGGGGGCUGCUGGCAAGGGCGGCUCGGACCGGCCGUCUAAGGAGCGAUUCCCGAGGCGAGGGUUCUUCAAGAACAAUAACAAGGUUGCUCGCUCCUUCGCCACCGCGCUCCUGUACGAGACCCUCCGCGCCGCCAGCACCAACGCACUCGGGCACCGCAUCGCUGUAGCCCACCAAAGCCAGCGCGACGCGCCUGACGUGUCCCGACAGAACAGCCAGGCAGGCCCUGCUCCCGGUGCUCAAUCUCACCCCACAUCCCAGUCUCAGUCCCAGUCUCAGUCUCAGCAGCAGCCCCAACAGCAACAACAGGGGGGCUGCUACGUCGGCUCCGGGCCCUUAACAUGGUCCAUGCGACAUGCCGCAGCAGGCGCACUUUCAGCAACCACAGGGCCCAUUUCUCCGCGUUACAGCUCAGGGGUGCAAGGCACGCUGUCACCUGACACCUCCUUGACUGCUGCGCUUCUGUCAGCAACGGCGCCGACUUCAGCUGCCACCGCUGGGCCGCUACCGCACAACUCCGCAACCGCAGCAGCAGCAGUCAGGCAGGGCUCAGAUCGGGAGCAUCUGCCGUACUACCAGCAAGCCGCCGCCGCCACCGCUGUUGGCCCGCCCGGCCUUUCCACCGCCGCCGGAGCCGCAGCAGCUCCCCCACCUGCCAGAGGCAAGAUUCCGUACAUGUACAGCAACGCAGUGUACGGCAGUGGUCGGGGAGAUGAGCAGUCGCGACUGCCGCGCAGUCCCAGUUGGGUUGGGCCGGAGGCUCCCGGCAUCCUGCGGCAGCGCAGCCUGCUGCUGCGAGCUCAGCACUCCCAUGCAUCCUUCAAAUCAGAGCCUAGUCCGCUGCGGGCUUUCGUUCCCUCUGGGGGGCAGCCCGGCAGUCCGUACCCCAGUCCACGGGUCUUGGUCGGGGGCAGUGGUCUGGGGGAGACGGCGGCUGCGGAGCCGCACUCCUCCCCGCAAGUUGCUGGCAGCCAGGAUGGGCUCCCUGGGCAACGACAUGCGAACAAGAACCGCGUGCACCUCGCCCAGCAGCAGCAGCUGCGAAACCAGGAACAGAUGCCACAUCAGCAACAACAGCAGCAGCAGCAACAGCAAGGUGGGGGCACUCAGAGCUUCAGCCAGAGCCGCACGCUGAGUCAAACCAACAGCCGCACCUUGAGCCAGAGCCACAGCCACAGCAAUGGAAACCAUCCCGCAGUGGCAGGCCGCGCCCUGUCCACACGCGGCCCCUCUCUGCGCCCGCCGCCGCCACUCGCCGUCGCGACCUCCCCGCUGCUGCUCCCGAUCGGCAGCAUCGUAGGUGGCGGUGGGGCCGUCUCCCAUACCUCUCAGCCGGCACCCGGGGGGUUACGUGAGGAGGAAGCCCCCUCCCCCACCGAAAAGGGCCCAGAAGAGCCGGAAGAGGAAGAGGCACAGGCGCGUUCCACACCGCCUCAGCCGCUGCGAGCCAACCCCUCGCGGUUAUGGCGCCGCGAGAGCUGGUGGCUGGCUCGUGGCUUGGGCUCGCAGCAUGCAUGGGCGGGCAACAACAGCCCAAGUGCGGGUGUGUCUUCUUCAGCGGCUGUGUCCAUGGCUUCCGCUGCAUGCAGCGGUGCUCUGUCGGGGGCGGUGUCGGUGCUGGCGGCGUCCUCGGGAUGCAGCCGGGUGGCUACGGGCAUGCUGGCGAGGCUGGGGUCGCGGCGGCGGAUGACUAGUCACACCAGCGGGGCUUCGCGGCCGGAGGGCGGAGCGGGGCAGGUGCUGCUGUUCAGGGGCCUGCGUGUGCGUGUGGGCCUCCACUCAGGCCUGGAGCCCGGCUGCGACGUGUGCUGGACCAAACGCAGCGGCCGGCGCGCCUACAGCGGCUCCGCCAUGCGGAACGCGCGCCUGCUGUCGGACGCGGCGUUGGGGGGUAUGGUGGUGCUGUCGGCCGCCACAUUGCAGAGGCUGCAGCCGCUGCCCAAUGAGAAGCUACCCGCGGGCACACUGGUGUGGCAUGCGGGCAGGUUUCGUCUGGGUGACAAGGACGGCUGCCUCAGCCUGGACGUAUACCAGGCGCUGCUGCCGGCGCUGCUGCCGCGGCUGCAGGCCUUCCGCGGAGUGCCGCUGCGGGUGGUGGCGGCGCUGAUGCCGGGACUGCUGGAGGCACCGGUGGGGCCGGUGGCGCUGGCUGCAUGCCAGGUGGUGGGUGUGGAGGUGCUGCGCUGCUGGAACCUGGGAGUGGCGGAGGAGGCGCUGGAGGCGUUCCGCUGGCAGGCGGCGGAGGUGGUGGCGGAGCAGGGGGGCACCCUGGUGGACCUGGAGGGGGGGGCGGCGGUGGCGGCUUUCACGAGGGCGUACCCCGCCGUGACGAGUCUGCUGACGCUGGAAGACGACCUGAAGAGUGCCGUACCCUGGCCCGCCCCCCUCCUGGAGCACGAGCUGGGUGAGGAGAUCUGCUGUGUGCUGCCACCGGGUCCCGACGGUGUGGUGGCCACGCAGCUGGUGCAUAACGGGCUGCGAGUGCGGUGCGCCGCCGAGUGGUUUAACGAUGUGCGACUGGAUCUCAAUGUGACACGUGCCGUACAGUUGUACCGCAGUACAUGCAACGGGAAGCCCUGGAAGCAGCUGCAUCGCAUGCUGCGGCAAGCCAAGAUGGGUCAGACCCUCAUCUCCGGCUCCAUGCACCGCCUGCUGGUCAGCGGCGGCGGCGACCUGCUGGAGUACAUGCAGUGUGAGCAGAUCCCCACCACCACCCUCACAGGCGGCACCGGCGGCGGCGGCGGCGGUGGCACCCUCACCACAGACGGCUACUUUGCCGCCCAGCAACAGCAACAGCGGCAGCAAAGCGUCUCCGUGCACCAUCGACACACCGGCAACGGCGGCGGCGGAGGCGGAGGUUACCUCAGCGGCAGUGGCAUCGCUGCGUUGCUAUCGCCUCGUAGCACCAUCGCGGGUGUGGUCAGCGGUCGCGUCAGUGGUAUCAUGGCAGCCGCGCGGGGCUCGGGAGUGCAGGUGGAAUUGGCCGCGGGACAGCGCAUGAGUGAGCCGGGGCCGCUGCCGCCGGUGGACGCUGCCGCUGCUGCUGCGAGUACGGCACCACUGGACCGCCUUGCAAGGGCGGAGCUGGAGGACUGGGGACAGCCACGGGGGACGCCAACGUUGGUGCCGUACGGCUCGCGCAGUGGCGGCGGCAGCGCUGGCGGCAGCGGCGGCGGUUCAGUCGCUGUCGUACCGCCUCAUCGCGAGGGCCGAUCGAUUGUAGGACUUCCCGCGGCGCUGAGCGGCGGCGGCGGCGGCUGGGGAGCGACGUCGACGCAUGGUUGCGGUACGAGCACCUCUGCUGCGAAUUCCUCCAAUCCUUCCGACGGGAGUGACGUGGAGCAUUGGGGGCUGAGGUCUCGCGGCUUGAGCGCCGCGGCGUCGGUGACACCGUACGACACGUCAAUGACGGCGGCGACGGGCUCCGCGACUCAGUCGCCGCGCGGGGCGAGUCUCCUCGGUAUGGGCAGCGCCACGACAGCGUCGAGAAGCCGACUGGCCAUGCCCUCUCGGGAGCCCUCCACAGCCACGGCGCCUGGGGUGACGGAGGCGGGUACGACAGCAGCGGUUCCGGCGCCAGCAGACGAGGCGACGGUUGCCAUGUCAGGUCUGUUGUCAACGGUAACUGUCGCGGCUGCUGAUGUGGAUGGCCGCAGCAGCGCAGCGGACUUCUCCUCCUUCCCUCUCGCAAAGCUGGCCGCAGCAGGCGUGUCGGGGAUGUCGAACGUGAUGACCGCGUCGAGGGAGAUGGAGUUUGAGCUGUCGUCGCGCGCCUCCGCGCAGUCGGGUGACCCACGGGUCAGUGCGGGCACGUAUCGUACGUCUCGACCGCAUUCGUACCGCCUGUCCACUGGCGACGUCAGCAGUCGCAUGGAUUCUGUGCUCGUACCUCAAGAUCGCGUCAUGUUCAACAGUACGACGUCACAGUACGACCCCAUCAGCGGAGGCGGCGGUGGAGUUGUCCUAUCGACGGGAGCGGCGGCGGCGUCAGCCGCCGCCGCCAGCAGUAGCAGCGCCGCACCUACCGCAGCCGCCACAAUAACCCAUGCAGCUGCAGCUGCAUCUCCGGGACCUCGCGCUACCUCGCUUGCAAGCACAGUGUACGGCUCAGCGCCGACCUCGAGCGCCUUCGCCGGCUUGGCGGCCGGCGGUGGUGGCAGCCCGGGCGGCGUGGGCGGCGGCAGCAGCAGCAGCCCCUCACAGCUUCCGACGGGUUUCCAUGCCGCCCGGCGGCGGUCCUCCGCUAGCAACCUGGGGCCCCGGAGCAACCAGGGAUCACCGCAUGGAGGCGUGACGCCUGCCGCUGGUGGUGGUGGCGGCGCCACAACACCGCCUUCCUUGUCACCCUCAUCCACACCCUCGCCGCACGGGCAUCAUGUGGGGCAGCAGCAGCAGCAACAACAACACUACCUCCAACAACAGCAUCACAGCACGCAUCACAACCAGACGUUACGUUCGCAGCCCUCCUGGUUUCAACGUCGCUCGAUUGCCUCCGCAGCCUUCACCCCACAUUCCCCCAUUACGCAACAACAGCAACAACACCCGCACUCGUAUCAGCGGCUAUCCAACAACACUUCAAGAAACCUCAACUCUAACCAACAGCAGCAGCAGCAACAACAACAACAGCGGUCCCUGCAUCACCAGCGUUCGGAGCCGCUCUCGUUCCCCCGCUUCCAGCUGUCAGCCCCUCACCCUCCGCUGCCGCCGCUACCCCCUAGGCUGCAACCCUCAGCCUCCGCCACCCUGGCUGAGCUGCCGCCUCCGCCCUCGUCGCCCGCUGCUAUUGCUGCUGCUUUGGGCGCGUCGGCCGCAGCGGUUGCGUCUCCUAACAGCGAGAAGCCUACCUUCCCAUCACCCUCGCGACCCAUGGGCCAUUCCAUGACUCCGUCGGAUCCAGCCGAUGCCUCUGUUGCCGCAGAUGACGGCAUUGUUGAAGGCAGCGGCCGUCUGCUCCUAGCCUCUGCAGACGUUCCCCUAGGCGACCAGGAGGAGGACGGAAGCGAAGGUACCACCAUCCGCACCGGACUCGUGACCGCAAUGCCCUCCCUGCGACGCGCCGGUUCGCUCUCUUCUCUUCCCUCCGAAACCCAUUCGCAAUCCCAAUCCCAGCGCCUGCGGCUCAGUCCAGCCGAACGCUCACCCGAGAUCGUUCCAGCGCCCGCUAGUGAACCUCUGCUGCCCUCGUCCCCACAGCUGCGGCUGCAGCCUGACCAGCAGCUCCCGGAGCAGCAGCCGCAGCAGCCAGGCAGCCCCGCUGCCGCCCUGCACCACAGCAACAGCAGCCACGCGAUCGCCCCAAGCAGCGCUCGCCAGAUGCUGCUGCCUAGAAACCUCCAGCACCACCGGCGAUUCCUGUCGUCUUCCUCCAACGCCCUGCAGAACUUGCAGCAGCAGCGUGAGCAGCAGCAGCAACAGGAGCGCAUGCAAGCAGCACAGAGCUCCGGUACGGUAGCACCCUACACGCCACGGUCGCCCUCUCCCAACCAGCUCUUCGGCAGCAGCUUGGCGAAACGGGCAGCGGUGCUGCCCGAGGGUUGUGACCCACGGGUCGGUGAGUUGUCCCGUGGGGCAGUUCUGCCGCCGACGGAUGGCGGCACGCAGGUGGUGUGGCGAAUGGCGCCGCCGGCGGUGCGGGCUCGGCGGAACAACGGUGGCCUGGCGGGAGGGGUCAUGUUGGGCGGAUAUGUGAUGCCUCCGCCGCCGUGGCUGCUGGCCGCCGGCGACCGCUCCACCUCCAGACGCGGCCACGAUGGCUCCGCUCACUCCCAACGACACCCGCAGCACCCACACCAGCAGUACCCACUGCACUACCCGCAGCACCCGCAGCAGCACACGGACCAGCCCCAGCUGGCGUCAAAGCAGGUGGGCGGUGGCACACUCCGCACCUUACCUCGCUGGCCUCCCCAGCAGCUACCUUCACCCCUGCCGCAGCAGCCGCGGUGGCAGCAACUGCAGCAACCACAACAGCAGCACCACCCGCAGCAGCAGCUGCACCCUCAGGCGCUGGGCCAAGGCCAGGAACAGGGCCAGGAACAAGGCCCGCGACAGGCUGCUAUGCAGCAGCCACCGGCUCCCUCCGGACUCAACCGCAUGCGCUCCGUCUCCGCCUCUAGCUUCCUCCCCGCCCCUUCACCGCAAUCCCAAUCCCAUCCCCCGCCUCAGCCUCAUCCUCAGUCCCAACCUGACCACCAGUACCAAUCCCAGCAGCAGCAGCAGCACCAGCAGUCCUCAGCCCUACCAGAUCUGCUAGACCCAGGCUUCUCUACCUCCAACCUAGCAGAAGCCCGCGCUUCUGGAACCGACCGUGACC